GUCACGCGUCGAAGGCGGAAGUUGCGUGACCAGCAGGCUGUCAGCGGAGCUGUUAGCCGAAAGCUGUUUUGAAAAAAGAUAAGUGCAAUUCACCGUGAAAAGCCGUCGACAACUGCAAGUGAGAGCAGCUUCCACAAGGAAUAUGGACGACGACGUGUUGACGACCCUCAAGCUGUUGAUAAUCGGGGAAAGCGGAGUCGGAAAGUCCAGUCUCCUCCUGAGGUUCACAGAAGACACCUUCGAUCCAGAGCAGCCUGCGACUAUAGGUGUGGAUUUUAAAGUAAAGACACUCUCAAUAGAUGGGAACAAAGCCAAACUCGCCAUAUGGGACACGGCGGGGCAGGAAAGGUUUCGCACCCUGACACCCAGCUACUACCGCGGUGCACAGGGAGUUAUACUUGUUUAUGACGUCACAAAGCGCGAGACCUUCACGAAGCUUGAAAAUUGGCUGAAUGAACUGGAAACCUACACAACACGCAAUGACCUUGUGAAGAUGCUCGUUGGGAACAAAAUAGAUCGGGAUGACCAUGAGGUGGACAGAAAUGAGGGACUGAAAUUUGCUCGGAAACACUCCAUGCUUUUUAUUGAGGCCAGUGCGAAGACAAAGGACGGCGUCCAGUGUGCCUUCGAGGAGCUUGUGGAGAAGAUCCUCCAAACUCCGGGGCUUUGGCAGAGCGAGAGCCACAGUCAGGGGGUCCGUCUGGACGACCAGGAGCAGGGCGGCAGGCGCGCAUGUGGAGGAUACUGUUCCGUACCCUGAAACCGGACCCAAGCAAACAAGCACUAAAGUAAUAGGAACGACUACAGAGCAGGAGCAGAGAGAAAAGGGAGUCCGUCGAAUGGACUCUGCUGUUUGCACACCUUUUUGGCCAUCAUCUGUUACUGCUUUCUGUUUAGAUCAUGAAUGAAUGAAAGGAUCAUGCGAAAAUACCCUCUUGCCUGAGGAGGUGUAGUGUUUUAAAUCGACAUAACAACACCAGGCGUGCGUCAUACGAGUGCACGUCUGGUUCAAAUUGCACUUAUUGGCAGCAGUGAUUCUGUUGUGCAUUAAGGCAUCAGGGUAAUAGAAUAGCAGUGCCUAAUUACAUAAACCAAUUUGUAGGUUACAGUACACAGCUUUACAAUUUUACCCCAAAUAGUUCGUUAUAAUCAAGACCGAAGUCCCCAGAAGAGCUCUGCUUAAACUUGUAAAUGUCUAAUUCUAAUGUUAAAAUGUUCUAGACAUGCGUUUUUAAACAUGCAUAUAUAACACAUCACUCGUGGUGGGAGAGGCUUGUUUUCAUGUGUGAGUUUGAGUACUAUCUGUCAUAAUGCACCACGGCACUGUGAAUGCUACCACAUAAGACCUUUCACAAUGGACCCCGGUGACCCAUACCACUUUAUUUUUACUGUUAAAGCUUCAAAAUGUAGAGAGGCUUUCAAAUUAAACCAUGUCCUUAUUUUUGUUUUUCCUCUCCUCUCUUCUUAUUUACAUCAAAAUAUGUAAGACAAGUAGCCGCCUUGAACUUUAAGAUUUCUUGCAACUAAACCCUUCUUUGUCUUUGCAUGUCUCACCUGGACCAUAACUUCUGCGAGCAAAAGUAUGAGGUUUACAGAAGUAGGAGCUCCUGCAAUAAAAUCUGCUCUUUUACUCACUUUACUUCACAGCUUUCUGUUGCCUAAAAAAGCAAGUGGUUUGCACAUUUAGUCUCAGCUCUGCUCUCUGAGCUGGUUUUCUUCCUGCGUUUAGCGGUUUCUGUGUGCUGCUGUGGUCCAUGUGAUGUCCCCGUUGGCUCAUUGAGGGCAUUUAUCUCACAUUGUAGCAGGAGAGCAUUCCUAAGAGCUUCCCGAGCUUUGAGUUGUUGUGUUGUUGCAAUCUGUUUGAAUUCCUUUUUCUCGUUUGAAAUGACCUUGUUAUUCCUUAACUUCUUUCUGUUGCUUUUGCUGUGCGCCCAGUUGAAUCAUAUUCAGCGAAUUGUUAAAUUGAUAUCUGCCUUAAGAUUGAAUGAUAUAGGCUGGAGUUACGGUGCAGUGACCGUUGUAUCAUUUCAAACUGAAAUAAACGGAAACCUGAA